CUGAUCCACAAGCAGCUUCACUUGGGCUGGACAGCAGGACGCGUGCCAGGGCACACCCCCACCCAAAAUACUGUGCCAGGAGCAACCACACUGGGCAUCCAGCACAGCAGCCCACGGUCAUCCUUGGAGACACUGGGAUUACCUGACACCCUCCAACUCAGCAAGUAAGUACUGGGCAUCGUUAGCCUUACUUUCACAAACAUCAAUAACUGAAUUUGAAGAAAAUAGCCUGCUCUGAGUUUUCUGGAAAAGUAUGACUCACUCGGGGAUAAGGUGCUAAGGCUGGCGGAAAGCAGAGAAAUUCCAUGGGUUGCCAUAGGGACUGCGCCACUUUUAGAACGUUGCCCCAGAAUAGCGGUCUGUUCACACUGCGCGUUGUGUCUGAUUGAUGAGAAUAGCUAUAUGUGGAAAGCUCCAACACACGGCUUUAAAAUGAUGAUCAGUGUAGGAUUUUUAUAGUGUUGGCUGGUCAUAGUUAUCUGUAUGUUAAUGUGUCUUCUUCUAUCUUCCAGGAUGGUGAAAAGUGAAUACAGAGAGGAGGAGGACUUGCUGUCACCUGGCUCAGACUGCUCGGGAUCUUCCUCCAGUCUUUCCCCCCAGACCUGCAGCUCUGACGAUGAGCUCCUGGUCCUCCAGCCGGGGCAGGGGGAUGGAAACACUCCGGGCAGCAAGAAAUCAAGACGAAGCAGAGCCAAGACCACCAACAAAAACGGAGAACAGGUCACCAUCAUCAAAAAGACCCGGCGGGUGAAAGCCAAUAACCGAGAGAGGAACCGCAUGCACAACUUGAACUCUGCCCUGGACUCCCUCCGGGAGGUGCUGCCCGCCUUCCCCGAGGAUGCCAAGCUCACUAAGAUAGAGACCCUGCGCUUUGCCCACAACUACAUCUGGGCACUCUCUGAGACCCUGCGCAUGGCAGACCAGCUGCAAGUGGGGUCACAACCCCCAGCUCCACUCCUCAACCGCGAGCCCCUCUCUCCAGCCAGCCCCUCUGCAUCAUCAUGGAGCUGCACCUCCUCCCCAGCUUCAUCCUGUGAUACCUUGUCCCCCUGUAGCCCAGCCAGCUCCUCAUCGGACAUCAUGGAGUACUGGCAGUCUUCUAACCAUCACCUCCACCUGGAGCGCAGCCAGCAUCAUCACCUCAUUAUGUCAGGGGGUUUCAUGUGAGCUGGACUCUCUCAUGUCAUAAACCCAGGCUGUAGGACCUGUAUGCCCGUAUACAGUGACUUUAUCUUUCUGAGGAAGGAGAGACCGAAACUAUUACUGCAGGGUCAUCUGUACCAGUGGUAGAUGGGCUGCCUUGUCAAUGUAACUUGGGGUUUACUUGAAAUGUGGAAUAAUGUCUUUAUAGCAUUCCACCACAAAGUGGGUCUCAGAAUCUACUCAUCAGCAUGUGGGGCUAGUGACGUAUAUUGUGUGAUAUGGCAUCAUGUAUCAGGUGUAGUGAUCAGGGCUAGAGAUUGAGAAUAUUUAUCAGAGAGAAUGUAGUAUGGUGGCUUCUUAGCUUAUGUGGGUGAUCUUACAGGACAGGGAUCGAGGAAGAGCAGCUAGUAAGUGAUGUUGUCAGAUGUAAUAUACAUGUUUGAUUUGGGUCUGAGUGCACAAAUUUAAAUAUAGGACAUCUGCUUCCUUCCCAGUGAUUGUUGGAUGCUGUGGGAAUGUCAACUGUCAAACCAAACUUUCUGAUAUGCACUUUGUUCACUUUCCCAGAUAAGUCACAAUACCUUUGUGUGCUUCCAUUCUUUCUCUCCACUUCCAUCUGUCUUCUAUGAUUAAUAUGAAGAAAAAAAACAAAAAACGUGUUCAGUAAGAAUCAGGUUAGAAGUCAUUGUAUAAUUUGUUAGCUUUGUACUGACUCAAUGCAAGCUUGGAAAUUAAGGCUGAAAAACAUAUCAAAAGAAAAAGAAAUGUGAAGAAAAGAGAAAUCAGAAGGGAGGAUGUCUCCUUCAUACAUUAUUUAAGCUUUGGAAGGAUGAGAAGACUGCCUAGUCGUUCAGGAGAUUAAAAAUAAGUCAACAGACUGGAAACUAAACAGACAAUGUGAACAAACACAAGUUCACUUUUAAUUUAUUACAAAUACUGAUUUCAUGGAAAUGUAUUUUUUUUGUAUAUUUGACAGAGUUUAUUUUAGAAUGUAUUUUACAUCAAGAACAAACCAAUUCUUG